ACAGAAGCACCAUCCCCUAAAACGGUCGGAACCUGUCCACUACGCUAGAGCCGCCGCCCAAAUAGCGAGCGGUCUGCAUCUUUCACCAUUUCUUAUUCGCACUGUUUCGACAUUGCCGUUAUGGCGCUCCCCCACGAGCCAGUUGCCUGCGCCUGCUCAUUCCCAAAUCUCCGCUAGCCUACUCUCCCUCGUCCCAGAAGUCGCUUCAUCUCCUUCACAACUCUUGUCUUUUUGUUCCACCUGCCACACUUUUGUGCGUGCACCGGCUUAGAUCUGGCUUCUUUUUUGGCUCUAGAGAGCUGUCUUUCUGCUCCUCACGAUAGAAAAUUCUGCGAGCAGCGGCUCCGGAUUCUUUUCGCCCUUCGGAUCCAGACACCUCUGAAGAAGUUGGCACGUCGUUCGCAUCACAGAUCAUCUCGAGCACCCAGUCGCCAUUGCCCAACCUUUGUCGCGACUAUUACAACGCCUUUUCCCCGAGAAUAACAACAAUGCUUUGGCAGUAAUCCGUAUUAUAUCAACCCUUACGCUUCAAUAUCCCCGACUAUCGAUAGCUUUCGACAAAAACAACCCAACACUGCCGCGUCACACCCUCCCGAUUUCUAUCUCCCUUGGCCAUUUGAGCCAAAAUCACGUCAUUCCUUGGGCCUAACUGCGGCCAUCGCAGUCUCUGUGUCGUCGAAAAAUGGUUGACGAUUCCGUUCUCGCCACGGCUGCCCAGCUCGUGGCCUCACUCGCGACAGAUCCCAAGAGCGCCACCGCCCUGAGCGUUGGGGUCGACUCGAAAAUCAGAUUACCCGGCGAAGAUUCUCCUGCAAAGCAAUAUCUUGAGAUUGAGCUUCAGAAGCUUGCUCUCAGAAUUGCCCAGCUCGAGAGGAGAGCGUCGGCUGGUGGCAACGCCACCCUGCCCGAGACUCCCAAUGAGUUAAACGAUGCUGUAUUUGGCGACCCAACCGCUGGAGCGCCUCCCAGUACCACAGUUGCUGGACGCAUUGUGCCUAGCCAUCUAACAAAGGAGGCUCUAGAAGGCCUUCACAAGCAUGUUGAUGACCAGUCCAAGCUGCUUGAUAGCCAGCGCCAGGAGCUUGCUGGCGUUAACGCUCAGCUGCUAGAGCAGAAACAGCUCCAAGAACGUGCACUUGAAGUCUUGGAACAAGAACGAGUAGCAACUCUGGAGAGAGAGCUCUGGAAGCAUCAAAAGGCCAAUGAGGCUUUCCAAAAGGCGCUACGAGAAAUUGGUGAAAUCGUCACCGCUGUCGCCCGUGGUGAUUUGACCAUGAAGGUCCGCAUGAAUACCGUUGAAAUGGACCCAGAAAUUACCACCUUCAAGCGCACCAUCAACGCUAUGAUGGACCAGUUGCAAAUCUUCGCCUCAGAAGUAUCUCGUGUCGCCCGUGAAGUCGGUACCGAGGGUCUGCUCGGCGGUCAGGCUCGUAUUGGUGGCGUUGCCGGUACAUGGAAGGAGCUGACAGACAAUGUGAACGUCAUGGCUCAGAAUCUUACUGACCAGGUGCGAGAAAUCGCCUCCGUUACGACGGCUGUCGCACACGGUGAUUUGACCAAGAAAAUUGAACGUCCCGCCAGAGGUGAAAUUCUACAGCUCCAACAGACUAUCAACACCAUGGUGGACCAGCUGCGAACCUUUGCCUCCGAAGUCACCAGGGUGGCUAGAGAUGUCGGUACAGAAGGUAUAUUGGGUGGUCAAGCUGAUGUUGGUGGAGUACAGGGCAUGUGGAAUGACUUGACUGUUAAUGUCAAUGCCAUGGCUAAUAAUUUGACGACGCAAGUCCGUGACAUUAUCAAGGUUACGACGGCUGUCGCUAAGGGUGACCUUACUCAAAAGGUCCAAGCUGACUGCAGAGGAGAAAUCUUCGAGCUUAAGUCUACUAUCAACUCCAUGGUUGACCAACUGCAGCAGUUUGCUAGGGAAGUUACAAAGAUUGCCAGAGAGGUCGGAACAGAAGGCCGUUUGGGUGGUCAAGCUACUGUCCACGAUGUCGAGGGUACAUGGCGUGAUUUGACGGAAAAUGUCAACGGUAUGGCCAUGAACUUGACAACACAGGUGCGAGAGAUCGCAAAGGUUACAACUGCUGUCGCCAGAGGCGACUUGACAAAGAAGAUUGGUGUUGAAGUCAAGGGAGAAAUUCUGGAAUUAAAGAACACCAUUAACCAGAUGGUUGACCGUCUCGGUACAUUUGCCGUCGAAGUCAGUAAAGUGGCGAGAGAAGUCGGUACCGAAGGUACCUUGGGUGGCCAGGCUCAGGUCGCCAAUGUCGAAGGAAAGUGGAAGGACCUCACAGAAAAUGUCAACACCAUGGCUUCCAAUCUUACAGUACAGGUCAGAAGUAUUUCUGCAGUUACUCAAGCCAUUGCCAACGGUGAUAUGAGCCGUACUAUUGAUGUCGAAGCAAACGGAGAAAUCAAGGUGUUGAAGGAAACCAUCAACAACAUGGUUGGUCGAUUGUCGAGUUUCUGUUACGAAGUGCAACGCGUUGCCAAGGAUGUCGGUGUCGACGGAAAAAUGGGUGCGCAAGCUGAUAUUGCUGGUUUGAAUGGACGCUGGAAGGAAAUUACCGCUGACGUUAACACCAUGGCCAGCAACUUGACAACUCAAGUUCGAGCCUUCUCGGAUAUUACGAACUUGGCUACAGAUGGUGAUUUCAGUAAGCUGGUCGACGUCGAGGCUUCUGGUGAAAUGGACGAACUGAAACGCAAGAUCAACCAAAUGAUAUCGAACUUGCGAGACAGUAUUCAGAGAAACACCCAAGCCAGAGAAGCUGCCGAGUUGGCGAACAAGACUAAAUCCGAAUUCCUUGCCAACAUGUCCCACGAGAUCCGAACCCCCAUGAACGGUAUUAUCGGCAUGACGCAGCUGACACUGGACACCGACUUGACUCAGUACCAGAGAGAAAUGCUGAACAUUGUCAACAACCUUGCCAACAGUCUAUUGACUAUUAUUGACGACAUUCUCGAUUUGUCUAAAAUUGAGGCUCGCCGAAUGGUUAUGGAGGAGAUCCCUUACACCCUCCGAGGCACAGUUUUCAAUGCGCUCAAGACGCUAGCUGUUAAGGCAAACGAGAAGUUCCUCGACCUUACCUACAAGGUUGACAGCUCUGUGCCUGACCACGUUAUUGGUGACUGCUUCCGUCUCAGACAGAUUAUCUUGAACUUGGUCGGCAACGCUAUCAAGUUUACUGAACAUGGUGAAGUUAGCCUCACCAUUAAGGAGAGUACUAUUGGUGCUGUGGUUGACGAGGGUGAAUACAUCUUUGAAUUUGUCGUCGAAGAUACUGGCAUCGGUAUUGCUAAAGACAAACUGAACGUCAUCUUUGAUACCUUCCGUCAAGCUGACGGCUCCAUGACGCGCAAAUUCGGUGGCACUGGCCUUGGACUGUCAAUUUCCAAGCGCCUUGUCAAUUUGAUGGGAGGUGACCUGUGGGUGAACAGUGAGGCCGGAAAGGGCAGUCAAUUCCACUUUACCUGCAAGGUGAGACUUGCCCCUGAUGGUGAUGGCAGCGUUGAGAAGCAAAUCGGCCCCUAUAGAGGUCACCAAGUACUGUUUGUGGAUAAGGCCCAAUCUCAGUCUGGUGUCGAAAUGCGGUCUAUGCUUGAAGAAAUCGGUCUACACUCUGUGGUGGUGGAUUCGGAGAAGAGCUCUGCCCUUUCUAAGCUAAAGUCUGGCGGCGCUCUCCCCUAUGAUGCCAUCCUUGUCGACUCUAUCGAUACUGCCAGAAGACUUCGCGCCGUCGAUGAUUUCAAAUACCUCCCUAUUGUUCUCCUUGCUCCUGUCGUCCAUGUCAGCCUCAAGUCCUGCUUGGACCUGGGUAUCACUUCAUACAUGACAACCCCUUGCAAGCUGAUCGACUUGGCCAACGGUAUGGUGCCGGCUCUUGAGAACCGCGCCACUCCUUCGCUAGCAGAUAACACGAAGUCGUACCAGAUUUUGUUGGCGGAAGACAACACGGUCAACCAACGACUCGCUGUCAAGAUUCUCGAGAAGUACCACCACGUGGUCACCGUUGUUGGCAAUGGUUGGGAGGCCGUCAAGGCUGUCAAGGAGAAAAGAUUUGACGUCAUCCUCAUGGAUGUGCAAAUGCCCAUCAUGGGUGGUUUUGACGCUACUAGCGAGAUCCGUGACUACGAGCGCAGCAUGGGCACUCACCGAACACCCAUCAUUGCCCUUACAGCCCACGCUAUGAUGGGUGAUCGCGAAAAGUGUAUCCAGGCGCAGAUGGACGAGUACAUCACGAAGCCUCUGCAACAGAACCAGCUUAUCCAAACGAUUCUCAAGUGUGCCACCCUUGGUGGACCAUUGCUGGAGAAGAACCGCGAGAGAGAGCUCGCCAUGCACGCCGAGGCCAAGGCGUCAAGACAUGGUGACAAGGGUGACGACAUGUCUGGCCUUCCUGUCGUUGACCGACCAGCGCCUCCAUCUGCGGCUCAGGUUGACAGCGUAACAAGAACGCGGCAAGACCUGACAUAUCUGAGCAAACAAUAAUGAAUACAUCCGGAUGAGCCCGUCAUUCGACUUUACCAUUUCUCAUGUAUUUUAGUUUUAUAGCUGGGUAUUGGGAUAGCGCUCGGCAUGUGCGAUGAGUCUGUUACUGCUGCUACCUAUCUCUAUCUCUGUCUUUCUCCAUUUUCUACUCGCAGGAGCUGGCCACGUUUCGGAGCAUUGCCGCAUGGUUCAUAUAUUGGUUUGGUUGCUUGUCGUUCUUGACUUUUGUCUUUUAGCUUGGGGGUUAGUUUUCAUUUGCGUCUGGUUAGAGACAGUUUUCUCUUUUUUGCAAUUCCUAUAUUUUUUGAUUUAAAAGAAUAAAUUUGUCACUUUAUCUGGUAUCAAGUCUAUUGAGUGCUGUAGAAUCACGUUCAUCUGUUCGUCACAACACAGUGUUCGAAGACUCCCAAAAUAGACUUUGUUUGUGUCUAUCUGUUUAUUGGUGCAAUUUCUAUAUAUGUACAUGUAUUGCUAAUUCCUGUAGAACGCCAUCGUGAACUCGUCAGUUUUUCGCUGCGCCAACUCGGUGCCGGCAAACAACUGGUCUAUUGUGCAGUAUCCAUGCCUUUCGAAGCGUCUUCAGUAUCUUCCUUUUCGUUUGAAGUGUCGGUUGCACUUGAUUUGUUAUCCGAACCAUUUGAAGACUCCGCUGCUUUAGAAACAGCCUCGGUUUGUGAUUCAAAUGCUGCGAGGAUAGCAUCAAGCUUUGAUUCCAG